AUGAAGAGUCAAUCGAAUCGUGUUAAUAAUUUCAAGAACGGACAUCGCCGUUCAAGUUCCCGUGCCUCCAAUGAUGAUAGUGGAAACCAGCGAUUAGUUUUGUUGAUUGCCUCAGCUAUUGGGAAAAAAUGUAUUGCCACAAUUACCGAUGGAUCCCGUUAUGAAGGUUUAUUGGUUGCUAGUGAUGUAUCUCCGGCACAGGGAUCAGCAUCUGCCCCGUUGUCGGUUGUGUUGUUGAAACCAAAGUUGGUCAGCAAGAGUUUGAUCAACGAGAAAAACAAUCUUGACAAAUUACCCGAGAACUUGAUUAUCCAGGCAAAAGACUUGAUUGAUUUGGAAGUAGCUUUGGAUUUGAAUGAGGAAGUCAAACCUCGUCUUGGAUUUAAAAAAGAUUCUGAUAUUUCCGGACAAAUUGCAUUCAAGGAACGUGAACUUCAGAGGUGGGUGCCAGAAGAUGAUAUGGAAUUAAGUUUGGAAGAUGAUGGUGGUGAGUGGGAUCAAUUUAAAGUUAAUGAAGAAAAGUUUGGUGUUGAAUCCACUUAUGAUGAACAUUUGUAUACCACAAGAAUCGAUACCUCCGCUCCGGACUACCACCAACGUGUGGCAAGGGCUGAGAAAAUUGCCAAAGAAAUUGAACUGCAGGCCACUACCGAUAGACAUAUUUUGGAAGAAAGGGGUAUCCAAGUUGACGAUAGUGGAAUGGAUGAAGAGGACAAGUAUUCUGGUGUUGAUAGACGAGGUGACGAGUUGAUGGCCGCAUUGAGAAAUGCCAGCAUUUCCAAUGAUGCUAAUAAACCAGGAAACACCACCACAACUCAUAGAACCGCUCAUUAUCACAAUGAUCCGGCUAUUAUAUCCAGCUCCAAACAAAAGAAACCAGAUUCCAUCCCACCAAAACCAUCAGUACCAAAUGAAUCAUUUAGAUUGAAUGCUCAAAGUGAAAUCAAUUCUUUACGCGAGUUCAGUGCUAAUUUUAAGAUUCCACAUAAGAUGCCUCAAGACUUGUUACCAAUUUUGGCCAAGGAUAAGUUGAAGCAAGAUGAGAUUUUAAAGAAACAGCAAAGUGAACAGAAGAAGAAAGAGUCGAAAUCAUUCAAGUUGAAUCCAAAAGCUGCUGCGUUCACACCAUCUGCCAAACAUGCCACUAUAACAUCUCCACCAAACUUUCACAAGUCACCAAUCAACCCUUCACCAAAAGUGUCCCACCCAAGACCAUACUCGUCCAAUGGUAGUGUUAGUUCGCAAGGAUCCGCUAAAAAGCACCAUCAUGUUUCAGCAGUAGAUUUCUUUGGAGGGAAUGAUAAAGUGCCUACAAAAGAGAGCCAGAAACAAAAGAUUACUUCGUUUAGACGUGGAUUUAGCAUGUUUGUAACAACAAGAACCAAGCAAAAGGAUGGCAAUCCAGUUGUAUACGAGAAAACAUUCCAAACCCCACCUACUUGGGAUUCUACAGUUGAAGAAGCUCAUAAUAAAGUGUUUGCAAGACAUGUUGCUGCAACUCCAUUUGUUCCAAGUCCAAUGAUGGCUGCACCAAUACCGUAUGGAAAUAAGUUCCCAAUGUCGCCUCAACAGCAACAACAACAGGCGGCUGCAGCAGCUGCCAUGGUUGUACAAAUCCAACAGCAACAGCAGCAGCAACAACAACAUAUCCCACAUCAUGGUCAUCCACAACAACCACAUCAUCCACAACAACAACAGCAACAAUAUGCCAUGAUGUAUCAACAACAAUUCCCACCCCAGGUUCCGAUGUUUUAUGGUGAUCCAACAUUUUUCCCUCCAGCGGGUUUUAUACCUCCACCAGCACAAUUUGGUAAUCCAAAUAUGAUGAUGGGUAAUCCUUACCAAUAUCAAGGAAAUAGAAGGUAUUCGAAAAAGGGCGGGCCUGGACAUAGUUGA